CACAGGUAAAACGGGUUGGAAGCAAGUUCCAAUCGCCUGAGAGCAAAGGCACCACCCUCUCUACAAAAUCCUCCCCGUCGCUGGAGACACCUUCUGCCGGAGAUUGAGGUCAGACAGACAGCAGGUGAAGAGAAGGUGGAGACCAUGGCAACAUCUCAGGACGUGGAGUUUGUGCGAACGGGCUACGGCAAGAAUGCAGUGAAGGUGAUGGUGGUCAAGAGGCUGGGGAGCCGGCACUACAUCCUCGAGCUGAAGGCCGACGUGCAGCUCACCCUCAAAACACGCAAGGAUUACGUCGUAGGCGACAACUCAGACAUCAUCCCCACUGACACCAUCAAGAACACGGUCCAUGGUCUGGCCAAGCUCAAGGGGGUAAAGACCAUUGAGCAGUUUUCCCUGGACAUCUGUCAUCACUUCCUGACGUCGUUCAACCAUGUGCUCAGGGCUAAAGUUUACAUGGAGCAGGCUCCGUGGAAAAGACUGGAGAAGAAUGGGGUGGAGCAUGUGCACGCGUUCAUCUUCAGCCCUGAGGCCUGUCGCUUCUGCGACGUUGAACAGAAUCUCAAUGGCCUCCCAGUGGUUCACAGUGGGCUGAAGAACAUGAAGGUGCUAAAAACCACUCAGUCUGGUUUUGAGGGUUUCCUCAAAGACAGCUUCACUACUCUCCAAGAGACCAGCGACAGGCUGUUCUGCACGUCUGUCUACAGUCGGUGGCGCUACAACAGGACUCAGGAUGUUGACUUUGACGCUGCAUGGAGCUGCGUCAAAGAGACGAUCGUUGAGAAGUUUGCUGGCCCCUACGACCGUGGAGAGUUCUCCCCUUCGGUGCAGAAGACCCUUUAUGAGGCCCAGGUGUUGGCCCUCAAUAGAAUCCCUGAGAUGGAUGAAAUAGAGAUCGUCAUGCCCAAUGAGCAUUACUUCACCAUUGACAUGACAAAAAUGGGCCUCAUCAACAAAGAUGAAGUACUUCUUCCACUGGAUAAUCCUUCAGGGAACAUCACAGGAACAGUACGCAGAAAACAGCAAGCAAAACUGUGAAAACAUCUACACAAUACUGCUGCUUAGAUCAACGUUACUGAAUGAAAUGCAGCUGAAACCCAACAUCAGCAAUGUGGUGGACCAUGUAAUGUCAAAAUGCUAUUAAAUGAAACGAAUAUCAAUAAAUGCGUAUACUAAUAUUGUU